AACUCAAAGACAUUGGAUCUUGACCCAAAUUGGCCACAUUUAUCCUCCCUUUGUCAUUUACCUCUAUAUCACUAAUGUUCCAUUCGCUGAUGCAUGUCUCUAAGCCCAGGCGUCUGUACUUUCCCAGCGGCGGUGCCGCCGCGCCUCGGAAAGACAGGCAACAAUUCAAAAAUAUCGUGCCAACCUAGCCUCUUGACGUGGAUACGCCCGCCACUCUUCCCGCCAAAUCUUCCAGUCCUCGCCGCCAAGCACUGUCCCGCCUUUAAAUUCCCGCCACCUCGCCAUGUUCCCUCCCUCGCAACGCUUCCCCUUUCCGUCUACCCACCGCAAACCCUAACCCUAAUCCUAAAUUUCCCUUCUAAUGGCUCCUCCCCGUCGCCUCAGCAAUGGCCGCUCUCCUCUGGUCCGGAAACAGAGCCAGAUCACCGCCUUCUUCUCCCUGGGUAAGGGUUCGCAAGAAAAACACAGCCCCAGCCCGAGCCCUAACCCUAGCUCCAGCCCUAGCGCUAAGCCUAGUCCGGACCCUUCUCCGUCGCUAGGGAAGAAGAAUAAGCCCCUUCUGGUUAUCCCUCCUAGUCCCGCUUCCAACCCUAGAACCCCGCCGACAGCCAGGGAGAGGGCCUGCUCCGAGGACGUGGUCGGGAGGAGGAUCAGGGUCUUCUGGCCCCUCGAUAAAGCGUGGCACGAGGGCAGUGUCAAGUCUUUCGAUGAGGCCUCCCGGAAGCACCUGGUCGAAUACGACGAUGCUGAGGAAGAAAGCUUGGACCUUGGGAAGGAGAAGUUUGAGUGGGUCGAGGAGGAGCCCUCGAGGAGACUCCGACGGCUGCGGCGGAUGUCGGAUCCGGUGGAGACGCCGUGCAGUGCAGGGGACGUGGAGGACGGGAGCAGUGCGGAGGAUUCUACUGACGAUGAGGAGUGGGGUAAGGGGAUGGGGAAGGACAUGGUGGAGGAUGACUCAGAGGAGGAGAUCGUUGUAAGCUCAAGAAGGUCCCGGUCGGGGAAUUCUUCAGAGUAUCGGAAAAGGAAGAAGAUCGAAGUUGCAAAGUUGGACUGUGCUAAAAAGGUUAGAUUUGAUGGAGAUGGAGAUGGAGAGAAGAGUGCAUCAAAAGCCUCUUUGAGCGGCAUCAGAACCAGCACUGCUGGGUCCCUGAGCAAUUUUGAGAGAGGGCAGGUCUUGCAUACUCUUGACAGCAGUCUAACUGGUGAAGCAGCUGAACGGUUUGGAAAAAGGGAAGCAGAAAGAUUUAGGUUCCUUGGGGAGUGAGUAUCUGUUAUAAAAGAUGAUUUUUUUUUUUUGUUAUUUGUUAUUUGAAGAUGUUUUACAUUUUUCAAUAUUAUAUUUUUGGACAGACUAGUAAAAACCAACCCAUUUUCGUUUUUUCAUGA